UGACUAGUUACUGGUUCUUCUUGCUUAAUGGUUAUUGUCAUCUGUCAGUUUGAAUGCAUUCGAGUUUGAAAUUAAAUUUACGUAUUAAGAAAACAUUUUCAAUUCAUCGUUUAACAGUGUGUUCCAAAAUGUUUAAAUGUUCAAUUUCAAAAAUCACCUCAGUAGAAUACGGAAAACUUCCCCAGUUUAAGAUAGUUUAUGGUACAGCCGAUACGAAGUAUGGAAAAAUUUUCAUGGGGCUCAAAAACGACGCCGUUUGCUUCAUAUCAUUCGUAGACGGCAAUUACGACGGAUUGUCCGACCUGAAAAAAUCUUUCCCAAAGGCCGCUUUCACAGAAGACGAUCAAGCUAUUUUUACCAAAUCUCAAACUCUGUUUGAUGAGACCUCCACUGAUGAAGUUAAGGUCCUUUUGAAAGGCACCGAAUUCCAGACCAAAGUCUGGGAGGAGCUGGUCAAUUUACCGAGAGGUUCGACCUGCAGUUACGAAGAUCUCGCCAAGGCUAUUGGCAAUCCGAAGGCUGUCAGGGCAGUCGCCAAUGCUGUGGCGAAGAAUAAUGUUUCUUACUUGGUGCCCUGCCACAGGGUUAUUAGUAAGGGCGGUGGUUUAGGCAAGUACCAUUGGGGUGCCGAGAGGAAAUUGAAGAUUUUGAAGGACGAAAAUGCCGUUUAAACUGUUAUAGCGUAGUAUGUUUCUCAUAAUGUUAAGUACAAAUUAAGUUUCGUUUUUGUAAGAAUUUGUUUUUUUUUAUUAUAAUAUAAGGUAUACCAAAUAUAA